UAGGAGGUCGCACUUCAAUCAAGAAGAAGUUUCUAAUAAAAAAUCGGGUAAGUGUUUGUGUGAUCGUCCAGGACAAGCCGUUUAUGUAUUUGCCUUUUAAAUAUUCUCAAAUUAAGUUAGGAUAUUUGUCCAAAACAGUUCCCAACUUUGCACCCAGUGCAAUUUGGCACGUUAAAAUUCUCUAAGCCUGUUAGUAUGAGUUUACUUCAAUGGCAGGUUUAAGCAGAGGAAGCAAAAUCUUCCAGCAAAAUCUGAAGAUAACACAGUUAGGUAAAAGGGGUCAAAUAGAUGAAGCCAUUAAAGUAUUCAAUAGAAUCACACACCCAAAUACUGUCACCUACAACUCCAUGAUCUCUGUCUAUGCGAAAAAUGGCAGAAUAUAUGAUGCACGCAAGUUGUUCGACAAAAUGCGGCUUAAAAAUUUGGUCUCUUGGAAUACAAUGAUUAAUGGGUAUUUGCUUAAUGACCAAGUUGAUAAAGCAUGUGAACUGUUUGAUAAAAUGCCUGAAAGAGACCAUUUCACUUAUGCAUUGAUGAUCACUUGUUUUGCGCGUAAUGGGGAGCUUGAAAAGGCCAGAAAUGUGUUUGAGUCACUUCCUGAUAAAAGUAAUAUAGCUUGUUGGAAUACAAUGCUUACAGGGUAUGCAAAAGCUGGAAGGUUAAAUGAUGCUAGGCAACUGUUUGAUGAAAUGCCGGAAAAGAAUUUGGUUUCAUGGAAUUCGAUGCUCUCGGGAUAUACCCAGAAUGGGGAAAUGAAAUUUGGAUUGAAUUUUUUCGAAGAGAUGGAAGAGAAGGAUGUCAUCUCUUGGAAUUUAUUGUUGGAUGGGUUUAUUCAGGUUGGGGAUUUGGAUUCUGCUAAGGAGGUUUUCGCUAAGGUUCCUUAUCCAAACAUUGUUUCACGGGUGACAAUGCUGAGUGGAUUUGCACGAUACGGGAUGAUAUUGGAGGCUGAAAGGGUUUUUGACCAAAUGCCGGAGAAAAAUGAGGUUGCUUGGAAUGCCAUGUUAGCUGCAUAUGGGCAGAAUGGCAAAAUUGGCAUGGCUGCUUCAUUAUUUAAUAGAAUGUCCCAGAGGAGUGUUGUGGCUUACACUACGAUGAUUGAUGGUUAUGUUCGUGCUGGAAAGCUCAAAGAAGCACGGGAUUUGUUGGAUAAUAUGCCAUACAAAAAUGUUGGUGCACGAACAACUAUGAUUUCAGGGUACGUCCAAAACAAUAGGGUGGAUGAAGCUCGAUGGAUAUUUGAUCGAACUGCUUCUCGUGAUGUUGUUUGUUGGAAUACAAUGAUUGCAGGAUAUGCUCAAUGUGGAAGAAUUGAUGAAGCUUUUGAUCUGUUUAAAAAGAUGGAACCAAAGAGCAUAGUUGUUUGGAAUACCAUAAUAGCGGGUUAUGCUCAGGUGGGACAAAUGGAAAAAGCACUUGAGAUGUUUGAGAAGAUGGGAAAAAGAAAUGUAAUUUCUUGGAAUUCUCUAAUUUCAGGCUAUACACAAAAUGGUUUCUAUAUAGAUGCGCUUAAACAUUUUAUCAUGAUGGCACGUGAUGGCAAGAAACCAGAUCAGUCUACAUUUGCUUCGGCAUUAAGUUCAUGCUCCAAUCUUGCAGCUGAGCAUAUAGGAAAGCAACUUCACCAAGUGGUUAUAAAAUCCGGUUAUAUGAAAAAUUUGUCAGCUUGUAACGCUUUAAUAAAUACGUAUGCAAAGUGUGGAAAUAUCUUUGAUGCAGAAAAGAUGUUUGAAGAUGUUGAAAAUGCUGAUAUUAUAUCCUGGAAUUCUUUGCUUGCUGGAUAUGCUUUAAAUGGAUAUGGUAAGGAGGCUGUCAAACUUUUCGACGAGAUGGAAGAAAAGGAAGUGGUUCCUGAUGAAGUGACAUUUGUUAGUGUUUUAUCUGCGUGUAAGCAUGCUGGCUUAAGUAAUGCUGGUGCAAAUUUGUUUGAGCACAUGACCAAAAAGUAUUCUAUCAAUCCUUCACCUGAACAUUAUGCUUGCAUGGUUGACUUACUUGGGCGAGCCGGAAGGUUAGAAGAAGCUUUCCUUUUAAUAAAGGAAAUGAAAACAAAAGCCACUGCUGAAAUGUGGGGUGCCCUAUUUGGAGCUUGUCGCAUGCAUAAUAAUCUAAAGAUCGCUGGCUGUGCUAUUAAGAAGCUUCUUGAACUUGAACCUCAUACAUCUACUAAUUUGGUUGUCUUAUCACACAUGUAUGCUGAGCUAGGAAGAUGGGGUGAUGUGGAGAGAGUUAGGGAAACAAUAAAAAAGAGUGGAGCAGGCAGACUUCCAGGAUGCAGCUGGAUUGAGGAUAGAAAACAGUUGCUUGUUUUUCUUUGUGGUGAUGAUAUUUCACCACAGGCAGCGGAGAACUUUAACGUGUUAUUAACUUUAACUGCACAGAUGAUGGAUAUGUGCCAUAUGCCUGCCAUGACAUCAUUUGGUCUUGACUUGGAUAGUUGAACCAUAAACAUGUAUUUUUAAGUGCCAAACAUGCAUUCACAAAAUCGUUUCUGGUUUACCCCUCUCUAUUCUUGAAACCGUAUUAGAUGACAGUAGCUGAUGAUGUUUUGAUGUUGUCUGAAGCUUCUGACAGAUGGAGCAUUUAAUAGUGGUUCCAAGGUGGUAACUGAUAUUAGGAUAUAACAAAAUGCUGUGAUCAAAGGGCAUUUGCUUGUUGGUAUUCGAUGAUAUUUCCAGUUCACUAUAAUAAUGGGGUUUUGAAAUGUGGCAUUGUGGGAUUUUAUUGCUGAGAGAUUUGACUAGAGUAAGUCUACUUGUAAAGAGGAGGAAUUAAGUGUCCUCCUGUUGAGUGCAAGGUUCCUACUUUGCCUGGUUUUUCCGUUUUCCCACAUUCAACCAUUAACCGAGAGGGGAGCAAGCAAGAGAAAGGGCUGUGGUGGCAGCAGGUGAGAGAAAGAAAGGCUGAAGGAAAAUAGGGGAAUGAGAACCUUCCUAAACAUUCCUCAGAAAGGGUGGAAGGGAUCAAGCCUCAUGAUUGAGCAUCCAAUGUAGGGAUUUUUCUGUUCUUACCCCGCCCUCCUCUCCUGGGGAUCCGCUAACAUAUCCACAAAGCAGGACAUCCUAAUUGCACUGCUUAUAUAGGAAGUUUCCCACGCAAAUAAAAAAAAAUUGCAUUAUCAAAGAAAAUAUAGCACUCUAUUUUGCUUUCUGAAGACCGGAAUUGAAGAUGGGUAAUACUUGGAUUUUCUCUGAGUGCCAAAUAUGCAGAACAUCCUAUAAUGUGCAGAUGGGUACAGAUUCCACCGGGCGAAUCAGUUUUCGAGAUGGAUUGCUUGCUUGAUCGAUAUGCCAUGCUUUCUGUAGCAGAGUAGAUAUCUGCUCAUCUUGUUAUGGUUUCAAUUGCUUUUAUUGUAUUUUUCUCUGCAUGCUGUGUGGUAUUCUUCAACUAGGGCCCCUUGCACGUUCUCAUCAUACUGAAACUGAACGGGCUAAACAUUUGACUAUUGCUAAAUAUGGGUUUGAAUUGCUUUUCCUGUAGGCAAUCUGCACAAAAUCGUAAGUGAUCGUAUGAUGUUUAAGUUCUGAUUCAACUGGGGUUUGUGAAUCAAUCUGUGUUCUUCAAUAGCUGAUCUGAUUGAGUCAGCUGUCUGACUUGAAUUCUUAAUUUGAUGCCCCCGAACAAGAAGGAGCAAAUAUUAGGCACUUUUAGUUUCAAAGUUAGAAAAUUGACUUAGUUUUCUGAUUUGUAGACGUUUUUAGUUGUUUCUAUCUUCAUCCACAAUUGAGGGGUAAAUGGUGUAGGCCUUUUGGGGUUAGCUGCUUUUAUCUGGACAUGCUCUGUAUUCUGCUUUAUAAGGCCUAAAAUUUAAGAUGAGUUAUCUUUGGAUUUUCAUAGAGUACAAAUAAUGUGAAAGAGCAUAUAAAAGUGCAGAUGGGUUCAUAUAUUACACUGAGUGGAUCUGAUUUUUGGACUAAUGCUUUGCUUGCUUCAUUUACAGAACCUUUUAUAACUGCACCGAUAUCUGCUCAACUUGUUGAGUUGUUAUUGGUUUGAAUUGCUUUUACCGUAAAUAUGCAAAUUUUACUUUACGAGAGAGUAUGUGAUGGCUUCCUGUGUGAUAUUCUUCAACUAGGGCAUGUGGUUGACUUGUACAUUCCUCGUCAUAAAGAAAAUGAACAGGCAAACGAUUCUUUUUCUUUUGUUGCUAAGUAUGGGUUGACAUGC